GUGAUAGUUAUGAUAGGUCAAUGUGUCCUUCCACACGUGUUUUCUGUCAUCUUCCAGAAGCAGCCGUAACGGGGAGCUAGGCGGUUUUUGUGAGCUGUCGAACUAAUUUAUUCUGUCGUUACACGCCUUAAUAUUUCUAUAAAGUCAUGCUAAAGUCAGUUGUCCGUGCGGUGGGAGCCGCUGUUCGCCUUUCUUCAGCCACCACGUCCACAGCCCGAGCUCUGCCACUCAGCUGCCCGACACUGCGCUCUCCAAGUUCGGCAACAACCCGGCCCUUCACCCGGUCUCUCUGGAUGCUGAAUAACAACGGAGCCUCGUCAGGAUACAGGCCAAAACUGUUUAGUUCAAAAGCGUUGAAUCCCUCAGUAUCGUGUGGAUGUGGAGGACUGCACACAGAAGGUGACAAAGCAUUUGGCGAUUUCCUGUCUGAUGAAAUCAAAGAGGAGAGAAAGAUCCAGAAAAGCAAAAGCCUUCCUAAGAUGUCUGGAGGAUGGGAACUGGAGAUGAACGGCACAGAGGCUAAACUCACAAGGAACGUUGCUGGAGAAAAAGUCACUGUCACAUUCAACGUCAAUAACAGCAUUCCUCCUAACUUUGAGGAAGAGGUAGAACAAGGACAGCACAAGUCAGCAGAAGAAGAGCCAGAAAUUGUGUCAACACCCAACUUUGUUGUUGAAGUAACAAAACAGGCUUCGAAACAUUCCCUGGUGUUCGACUGCCAUUUUCCUGAAGACGAGAUGAGCCGUGGUGAAGGAGAAGAGGAGAGCGACAUCUUUGCCAUUCGUGAGGUCAGUUUCCAGCCUGAGGGAGAUUCAGACUGGAAGGAGACCAGCUAUACCCUCAACACAGACUCUCUGGACUGGGCCCUGUAUGACCACCUGAUGGACUUCCUGGCUGACAGAGGGGUUGACAACACCUUUGCUGAUGAACUGAUGGAGCUGAGCACCGCCAUGGAGCAUCAAGAGUACAUCAAGUUCCUGGAAGACCUCCAAGGCUUUGUCAAAUGUAACUAAUGUUAGAUAUAACCUAAAUUUCACCUUUCUUUGAUACAGAUCCUGGCAAAGUUGGAGGUAUAAAUGUUGCAGCAUUGAUUGAUUGAUUGAUUGAUUGAUACCUUUGGCACUCUAGAGAGACAGAUGGUUACUUGCUUUAGUGUCUGUCACAGUGAGCCAUGUUGCCAGCAGUUGUCACAUUAAUACUUGCAAAUGUGUUCUCUUUGUCAAAAUGUCAGUUUAUUUUUAUGUAACUUAAAUUAAAUAUAUGAAGACCAUAAAUAAUGCAGGUCAUGACAAUGUGCAGAAACCAUCAUCCUAAGAAAUGUCUCUCAAUUUCAGAGAUCCUGUCUGAAGUGCAGUGGAUUGACAUGGUCCGGUCAGUAUUUGUGAAUGUUCAACUAUCCUAAAGCCAAUAACAAGAAAAUUUGUCAAGAUGUGAAAUCAAAACCAAAACUCAGUUUACAAAAUCAGUCCUCACUUACAGUAAAUGUAUGUAACCGCUUCUGGUUUUACAACUUGACAAUCCUGCUUUGAGUCUUACUUGUAGUUGGCUUGGCAAGGGAGUUCAUGUUGACAAAUAUUGAUUUGAUUCUGUAAGACUAUAAAAUGUGGAGUCUAAAUUUGAAUGGCAUACAUCAGCAUGUCUUCAGAGAAAGAAGGUCAAUGUCCAAUAAAACAGUUUGAUAUUAA